AUGCCUUCACCAGGCGAGUCUGAGCACGAGCAGCCACCAACCACAGAAGGCCCGGCAGUCGACUCAGAUGCUUCCGGUUCCGACAGCGACGUCCUGGGCGCGAGGCCUCCGAAGUCGGAAGACGAAGGCGGCUCAAAGCCGGCCGACGGUGACCACGCCACUCCGGCCUCCAACUCUGGUGACAACCAGCCAGAUGCCACGACGCCCUCGUCGGGAGACGCCAAUGGAGUUUCGGCGGGAGCUGGGCACGAUGGUGAUGAUGCUUCCGCUUCUGGAGACGGAGCCCACGGCGCAGGUGGCGAUGAGGAUACGAAGACUAACGAGGUUACCGACGCUCCCAAGGCCACCGAAUUCCCAACUCGUUACACAACGACACCGGCGCCUGCUCCUGCCGGCGGCGAUGACCACCACGAUGACGGCACGACAGAAGCGGCGCCUUCAGCUGCCGCGGGAGCUGAUGCGAGUGGCAGCUCCAACGGACACAAGGACGAACCUUGCGGUGACGGCGCCGCUGCCAAAUCGCAAGACACCACCGAAUCCAGGACGCACGAUCCAAUCGUCCAGUUGGUGAAGGCUGGCAUUCCUGACUUGCACCUCGACGGUGCCGAGCCCCACAGAGACCGAAGGCGCUCUGAGCGGCGGGCUCACUGA